UUUUAUUUAUUAUUGAAUCUCUUUGCAUACGGUUGAGUCGCUAUCUUUUUUUGUCACGAUUUAUCAUUUUGGGAAAAGCCGAAGAUUCCCGAAGCCCCUCUUCUCGCGAAGGUGGAUGAUAUCUUAUCUGGAGCCAGCCUCAGGCUUGCUCCGGAAGUCAAGAAAUCGAAAAUUCCAGUUGACAAGUUAUCGUCCUCGAUCGGCGCGGAUUCUCGUAUUAGGAGGAUAGGGAACGAACGGGAGGAGGGUGGAAUUCACGGCAGCGACGCCGGCAGGAUACCACCUUGCAUUUACCAAUGAACGCGGAGCUUCGUCAGGAACAAUACCGCGGCAAUUGCAGCAGCAGCACCAGGAAGCGACGGCACUGCGACGGCACAUCCCCGAAGGAGAAUCUCUGGCGCGCGAGCACUUUCAGGACGUCCAGCGACUUGAGCGGCGAUCAUGGGACUCGACUUCCUGGCAGACGGAGGUGCCGACUUCGAGCAUGCAAUUACCGUAACAGGUUUUGGAAGAUUUCACUACAUGCUGCUGGCCAUCUGCGGCCUGAUCUACAUGGACACGGCGAUUGGCGUGACGAUACUCUCGUUUGUACUUCCGGCGGCGCAAUGCGAUUUACAGAUGGACUCCACCGCGAAGGGUUGGCUAACCGCCUCUCCUAUGCUAGGUAUGGUAAUCGGCUCGUAUAUAUGGGGAUGCCUGGCUGACACAAAGGGCAGGAAGAUUGUGCUAAUUGCUACAUUAUUGAUGGACGGCAUCGUGGGCGUUGUGUCUUCGUUCGUCCAGUACUUUUGGAUAUUCCUAGUCUUCCGGUUCUUCAACGGCUUCGCCGUGACCGGAGCUAUGGGCAUUUGCUUUCCAUAUCUCGGGGAAUUUCAACCCACAAAGUACCGCGAACGCGUUCUCUGCUGGAUGGAGAUGUUCUGGACGGUCGGCGUGAUAGUCUUACCGCUGAUCGCUUGGUUAAUCAUCCCCAUGGAUUUCAUCACGUAUGAGAGCGAGACGUUUCAUUUCAAGUCCUGGAAUCUCUUCGUCGCGCUUUGCGCCCUGCCGUCGCUCAUGCUCGGCCUGUGGCUCUUCGCCUUUCCGGAGAGCCCCAAGUUCCUGCUGGAAUGCGGCGAGACUGACGCGGCCCUCGAGGUGUUCAAGUGGAUCUAUUCGCGAAACACUGGCGCCGAUCCUGACACCUAUCCGGUGAAAUGUCUACAAGAGAAGACAAAGCAUCAGGAUAAGAGCACCAGGUCACUAAAGCUGCACAAGCGGAAGGACCUGAAGGUUCUCUUUACGGAAAUACGAGAUCUGACGAGUGCACUUUGCAAGCCACCUUAUUUGCGCAACACGUUAGUCGCCUGUGCCAUUCAAUUCGGACUCACCAGCAGCUAUUACACUCUGAUGGUCUGGUUCCCGGAAUUGUUCACCAGAUUUGAACACUUCGAGCACACACAACCUGACGAGACUGCAUCGGUGUGCGUAGUAUCCGCUCUGACAGACAAUGGGACCAUCUUUGAUCCUUACGGUUGCGACACGAUAAUCGCACCUUCCGUUUAUCUGCAUACCGUGUACAUCGGCUUGGCGUGCAUUCCCGGCUCCAUCAUUCUGCCCAUCUUCGUGCACAAACUAGGAGCCAAGUUCUUCUUGAUCAUGUCAUUGCUGAUUUCCGGCGCGGUGACGGUGGGUUUUUACUACGUGGUGAACUCGAUGCAGAAUCUGGUGCUCUCGUGCGUGUUCGAAGCUCUCACGUCCCUUGGGAUCUCUUUAGUUUAUUGCGUGAUCGUCGACAUGUUUCCGACGAAUCUCAGAGUAAUGGCAGCUGCUUUGUCGCUGACGAUGGGCCGGUUGGGCGCUUUGGUCGGCAACCUGGUGUUCGGUUAUUUGAUCGAUUUAGCCUGUGUGGUUCCCAUCGCGUUGUUCGCCGCGUUUCUGUUCGCCUGCGGUCUCUUGUCGUUUCUGCUGCCAAGAACAGGAAAGGAAACAUUGGAAUAGCAGAGGAAGAGUCUUUCGAUCUAGUUCGCGCGUUUUGCUCGGACGACUUGAGGAAUCUGUGCCUUGGACCACUCUCUCUUUUUCUGGUCCCGUUAUAUAUUUAUUAAUAAAUUUAUUUGUAAGAAAAAGAAAUCAUGUAUGUGUUUAUCAUAUUCCUGAGGAUAAUACGAACGAAAUCUAUAUAAGCAAAUCUAAGAAAGCAGUUUGCUCCAAGAAAUGUAUAUAAGAUUGAAAAAAUAGGUCGCGUUAUGUGUAUAUAUAUAACAAUGACGUUCUAUGAAUUUGUUUUAUGAAAAGAUUCUCUGUACUCCUAUUCUAUUUUACAUCUCUCACAUGUAUGAUUUCUCUAAUCUUAAUUUAUCUUUCAUCUAUUCUUUCUUAUUUAGUUGAAAUAUUUAUAUAAGUUUUUGAGUCAAAUACAACGUACUAAUAAUUUUUAUUUUUAGAGGAUUAUAGCUAUUUAUAUAAAGUUAUUAUAGUGCUUAUAUAUAUCAAAAAAUGUAUAAAUUUAUUCCAUUAAAUAUCUGAUUGUUGCACGCAUAAAAUAUAAAAUUCAAUGUGUGCAAUAAUAAUUUUUUUAAA